UUACAUUUACGUGUCAGGAGAAGGGGGCGGACGUCUGCCUGUGCCUCAGCCGUGCGCAUGCGCUAGACAUACAGAGGAAGGAAGCAAUGUCGAUAGAGGACCCGUUUUUCGUCGUAAAGGGGGAGGUGCAGAAGGCCCUGUCUCGCGCUCGGGGUCUGUUUGAUCGAUGGGAAGAACUCUUACAGGAGGGGACACAGGUAAGCCGAGAUGAGCUGGACUGGAGCGCCAAUGAGCUGAGGAACUGUCUGAGGGCCAUCGAUUGGGACCUGGAGGACCUCAGUGAAACCAUCAGCAUUGUGGAGUCAAAUCCAGGGAAGUUCCGGCUGGGCGACAAUGAACUUCAGGAGAGGAGAGACUUUGUGGAGCGCACCAGGAAGUCGGUUCAGGAGAUGAAAGAUGAACUGUCCAGCCCGUCUGCUGUGGAACGGGCAGAGAAGAAGAACAGACAGGAACAGGACCGCUCGACUGGACUGGAGGCUCACCUGGUGUCGGCCAACUCCAGGUACAUUCAGGAGCAGCAGGAGCAGCAGCAGCUGAUCAUACAGGAGCAGGACGAGCAGCUGGAGUUGGUGUCGGGAAGCAUCAGAGUCCUCAAAGACAUGUCUGGGCGUAUCGGAGACGAGCUCGACGAGCAGGCCGUCAUGUUGGGGGAUUUUGGAGAUGAGAUGGACCAGACGUCAUCCCGCAUGGAUUCGGUCCUGAAGAAGCUGGAGAAGGUUUCUCACAUGACCAGCAGUCGGAGACAGUGGUGCGCCAUCGGCGUGCUGGUCGCCAUCAUGAUUGUCGUCCUCAUCCUCUUCUUUGCUCUCUGAAGACCUUUGACCUCUUGACGAUGUUCACCUGUCAGGAUGAAUGGACAGAAAACGAUGGAAAGAAGAAUGACUCCUCUUCCUUUCCCUCCUAAAAUCACUCCUUUCACUCACACCGAGGAGAAAACUGCGAGCUGCACUGAAAGGUUAGGACGCAAUUCUCAGAUCUGCUUUUAAACGGAUCUGGUGGAAAGAAGAAGAACUUUGAGAGAACGCCGGAGGUGUUAUGUUUUUCAUAUUUGUGCGUCGCGAUUAUUGAUGCUAAGUGUUGGGCUAAAAACACAAAUCCGCACAUUUUCAUGCUUCUGGAGAUUAUGUAGAGCAGUCACUGAGAACGGAGACACUCGUGGAGGUACUUUGGUAAAAUGUUUUAAGUAUUAAAUUCAUUACAAUCUGUCUCUUGGUGUUUUAACCCAACACAAAGAGUGGCGGGCUGUUGCCUUAAAUAUAUUUUUAUACUAUUUUUGAACCGUGCGUCAUGUUCAUGUGCCUACCUGCUAAUUAGAAUGACAAGUUAUCUGCAAAUGAUCAGUUAAGCUACCGGGCCUGGGGUAGCCUCGGUCACAGCCACGUCUUGUCGAAGAGGAAAGCAUAACUGAAAACACUGAUUUAAAAAAAAAAAAAACAAAAAGGAGAGAGAGAGAUGCACUUCACGUUUGGUGUGGAAACGAACGGAUUCCUGCAGAAAACCGUUUUAUUUCCCGCCCUGAAAGAGGCCGGGUGAAGCGGGGGCUGCCGCCACGCGCCUCCGCAACGCCGUCACACGUUAACUCGCGCGAUUGGCCGGGGCUUCGUUACUCUCGCUGGCUGAUGAGAGACGGCCUUGGCUCGGAGCGAAUGGGUUCGCCUCUUUUAUUUAAAAGCGUCUGCUAAUUGCGGAGAGAAAUGGUUGCUGGGCAAGAUGCUUCUUUGUGCGGGCCUGAGUUAGGCUCACGGCGCCCUCUGCUGGAUGCUGAGGGGUUUUGUUGUUUUGUCUGUUCAGGCGACACUAAGGCGUGUUGAAGUGCUGUAUCCUAACCACAAUGCGCGUGUAUGUUGUGUGUGUUUUGAAAGUAAAUUCAUUUUCCUGUACUGUGUUCUGUAGGUUAAUUUUUUGUUUUUAACUCAAAUCCAAAUGUCUUAAUCUGAAAUUGUUGGGGUCUGUGUUCUGAGGAAAAACAAACUUGCAUACCAUUUGUCCACAACUGGGUCAGGAUACAUUAUUCUCUAUGAAGUUUUGGCUUGAUAAUAAAAGCCUUCCCACUGCCAGAGCCAAGUCAGAUUUAGUCCUCUUGGUGCUUUUAUGUCUCCUAAUGUAUGCUUUUUACAUGUUCAGUGGAAAGAAACGAACAAAAAAUAUUAUUUGUAAAAUUCCUCAAAACAUGUUUUGCACUUCAGUGUCACCUGUAAGAUCUGUUGGGGUCAACUGGAUGUCAGUAACCAUUAAAGUGUCUGUAAUAUUUUCUUUUUAACAGAACUUGAGGCACAUAUUUCAGUACCCACAAGCAUCUAAUUUGACUGCAUAAUACACUGAGAAACACUUGUAUUUAAAGUAUCAAGUUCUUUGUUUUUAUCAAAUUUGCCUUCACUCGAUUCAGUGUAGUAGAUAAAAUGUGAUAGAGAAAACUGAAGAUUGGCUUUAGUCCUGCUUUAAUAGGUUACUUUAAACUUAAUUAAAAUCGAAACGGUUUAUUUAGUUAUUUUGGAUUCUUAUGAGUGGUGUGUGGUUAAAAAACUGCUAUUAAAAGUCUUGAACAAUUGCCAGCCAUCAGGAUUCAUCUACCUACAAGACAGCUGAAAACAAGCAUUUGUUUUUGUAAAACUAUGACAUAUUGACGAGACAAUGAAGUAGUUUUUGUGCCCAUAAGCAAUAUGAUUUUUCUUUCUUUUUUUGUCACUGUUCAUGGUCCUUAGCUGGCUUUUUUUUUUUUUUUUUUUUUUUUACAUGUUGGCAGUUUCCGGUCUGAUCCGGUAAAAAUCCCUGAACAUUGUCUGAUUGCAUCUUCUUGGUGUAAUUUGUGUCGUCCAAUUUGUUCUCCAUGAAGCAACCAAAUUCAUUUAGAACGACCUUGUACACUGACUGAACUGUAUGUUUGAAUGAAUACAGUAUUUUGAGUCUCGGUU